UGCCUCGAUUACAUGUUCUUCCGGGUCACGCUGCAUUCUCAUCUCUAAACAAUCCCGUAUCUCUGCCACCUUCCCCUUCUCCCUCCAUCCAUCAAUCUCAAGUCAAUUUAAACCAUCAUGAAGACCCUCGCCGCUGCCCUGGUGGCAGGUGUUGCCUCGGCUGCUGUCACGCAGCAACCGAUGCAACUUCCCAAAUCAUUCCCAGCUGCCGCGAAAGAUGCCUUCAACAAUCAGAUGCAUCACCUCAAAGAUGCUCUCAGGGGCCUUACUGCUGAGGCAGCUUCCGUCUGGGACGAAGUGGCUGCCCUCUACCCCGAAGACAUGAGCCAAGCCAGCUUCUUCUCCCUUCCCAAAAAGCACACUCGCCGCCCGGAUCACGAAUGGGACCAUAUCGUGCGUGGUGCCGAUAUUCAAAAGGUCUGGAUUCAGAACGAGAAUGGAGAACAAGAACGCCGGAUUGAUGGCCAGCUCGAUACAUAUGACCUCCGUGUCAAGUCGGUCGAUCCUAGCUCGCUCGGUGUCGACACGGUCAAGCAAUACUCGGGAUACCUGGAUGAUAACGAGAAUGACAAGCACUUAUUCUACUGGUUCUUUGAGUCACGAAAUGACCCAAAGAAUGACCCAGUCGUAUUGUGGCUGAAUGGCGGACCAGGUUGCUCCUCUCUGACCGGUCUUUUCCUCGAACUAGGUCCUGCCCGCAUCAAUGAGAAGAUUAAGCUCGUCUCGAACCCGUACUCCUGGAACGACAAUGCCAGCGUCAUCUUCCUCGAUCAACCAGUCAACGUCGGCUAUUCAUAUUCGAGUGGCAGUGUCUCCAAUACCGUUGCUGCUGGAAAGGAUGUGUAUGCUCUUCUUACGCUCUUCUUCGAGCAGUUCCCCGAGUAUGCGCACCAAGAUUUCCACAUUGCAGGAGAAUCGUAUGCUGGGCAUUAUAUUCCUGUUUUUGCAGCUGAGAUCAUGUCACACAAGAAGAAGAACAUCAACCUCAAGUCUCUCAUGAUUGGCAACGGCCUUACUGAUGGAUUGACUCAAUACGAAUACUAUCGACCAAUGGCUUGUGGUGAAGGUGGCUGGCCUGCUGUUCUUGACUCACAGUCCUGCCAGGCCAUGGAUAACGCCCUCCCGCGGUGCUUGUCUUUGAUCCAAAACUGCUACGAUAGUGAGAGCGUAUGGUCCUGCGUUCCGGCUAGUAUCUAUUGCAACAACGCCCUCCUCGCACCCUAUCAGCGAACCGGUCAGAAUGUCUAUGAUGUUCGUGGCAAAUGUGAGGACAGCAGCAACUUGUGUUACUCUGAACUCGGCUACAUCAGCAAGUGGCUCAACGAGGAGUCUGUCAUGAAAGCCCUCGGUGUUGAAGUUAGCGGAUACGACUCCUGCAACUUCGAUAUCAACCGCAAUUUCCUCUUCCAGGGUGACUGGAUGAAGCCAUACCAUCGCCUUGUCCCCGAUCUCAUUGCUGAAAUGCCUGUUCUCAUUUAUGCUGGCGAUGCCGAUUUUAUCUGUAACUGGUUGGGCAACAAGGCCUGGAGCGAGGCUCUCGAGUACCCAGAUCACAAGAAGUUCGCUGCCGCGGAAAUGAAAGAUCUUCGCCUCGAUGGUAAGGGCCGCAAGAUCGGCGAGGUCAAAUCACAUGGCAAUUUUACCUUCAUGAGGAUUCACGCUGGUGGUCAUAUGGUACCCCUGGACCAGCCAGAGGCCAGUCUGGAAUUCUUCAACCGAUGGUUGUCCGGGGAGUGGUUCUAGAUGUGCUUGUUCUGGAGUGGUUUCUAUUCAGAGAUAUAAUCUUGAAGACACUUUGCGCUUUGAAAUUAAAUGAUAUGUGAGAUCACUUGAGCAUGGGAGACCAUUUGUGUCACAACCCCUUGAUAGAAUACUAUGCCAUCUUGCUUUACAAGAGAUCACCUGGGCUAUUGCAUGCAGUUGCUGGUGUCGAGAGCUACCUCUGAGUAGGCAACGUCGUAGUCUCGUUCGGAAUACGGAGUGCACAAGACAAGUUAGUGAAGCAUCACGAUUACGGCGUAUCCGUAUGAGUAUGGCAAAUCUCGUAUCUGCACGAUGAUUUCUUAACAUGUACGGAGUAAGAUGGUGAUGUUAUGUGUGACGGUCAGUGUCAGAUUCUCUCCACGUACUCCGUCCGUAUUCGAGUAACGCAGUGGACGGUAGUGCGAAGCUGCGCUCAGCAGUACUCUACGCAGCCACUAGCUAGAAAAGACUUUCCGGCUGCGAUGGGGAAUUUAUUGCUACACGGGACAAUGCAUAUGUAACUAGUGACAUGGG